GGCAGCUCCUGCAAGGGGACGGCGGCGACUGACUCCUCGCGCGCGGGGGACACCCGGCACGGCGCCAGCGCAGCUGACCCCGGCGGCCCCCGCCCCCACCUGGUCCGCCUCUUUUCCCGGGAUGCCCCGGGUCGGCAGGACAACACCUUCAAAGAUCGGCCCUCGGAGUCGGACGAGCUGCACACCAUCCAGGAGCAGGGCGGCGCGGAGCACGCGGAGCAGGACGCAGACUAGAGCCCCCCUCGGCUUCUCGCUGGGACAGAACCUCGAACCCGGAUCCCCGACCGACAUCUAGCAUGGCCACGGCGAGCACCUCGGGCCAAGCGCCCUUCGGCCUGGGAAAGCGCAAGAAGAACCCCGGGCUGCUGGACCAACUGGGCCGCUUCUUCGGAGGGGACCGGAGGAGGAAAGGCAAGGGUUCCUUCCGUGGGUCUCUGACCUCCUCCCCACAGCGCCCUCUGCAGGCCUCCCCCCACAGGCGUGGGGACGAGAACGCCGUAGUGCACUUCUUCAGGACGAUGGUGUCCCCUCCUCCUCCCAAGUCCAGGGCGGAGCAGAAGUCCACGCAGGCCGGCCGGGCUGAUGGUCAGGGAACUCUGUCGAGGAUCUUCAAAAUGGGGGGGAGCAGAUCGGGGUCUCCAGCCAAACGCUGACGCCCCUUCGCCCCGAUCCUUCACGACGCCCAAGAGAAACGGGGGAUUUGGGAAAGGAAAGGAUUCGCUGCAAAAAAAGGAGAAGAAGCCAGAAGCCUGUUUGAUCGCCUCACGCAUCGCCCUGCUGCUAACGUGCUAACGCAUGCUAACGUAUGCUAACGUCCCCGGUCCGCCGUCACCGUCUCCGACGCCGGCACCCCACGUCUAACGUGUGUACCGAGACGUGGCGGUACCCGUAGCGGACGACGGCCUCCUCGCGCACCCGGCCUCGAAGGGCUCCCGACCCCACCCCGCCCCACGCGUUCCGUCAAGUUGCUAACGUCCCAGUGGUGGGGGGAGGGGCGACUCCCGAUAAAAGUGGACAUAUAACAAAUGUCCUGCCCCAUGUUUGGGUGUGAGCAGCAAACACACGUGUGUUUCCUUUCCCGUGUUGCUCUGUUCUCGUCCCCCUUGACUCUUAACACACCAUUAGUGUUGUUUGUAAGUAGCGCUUCCCGUUAGCUUCAUCUGUUAGCCUGGAAAGGCCCUCUGCUCGUGGCGAUGAAUAUUUAGGCCUAAAACUCAAUCUCGGUGUCUGUUUAGUGUGUCUCUGUGAAACGUGACCCACUGCGUAGGGUUGCGCUUCUCUCUCUCCCGCUCUUUCUCGUCCGGCGGGGGGGGGGGGGUACGCCUUCGUGUCGCAUCCUAAGGUCUUUAGCUGCGCUGUAAAAUGCGAUGUAAAAACGACGACGCUGAGCUACCGACGAAGGUCGCAAUUUAGCGAAUGAAAAUAAUAGCGUACUCUUUCAUAACACCCUGUUGAAUUGCGAUCCUAUAAUAGUUGUUUUUAUUUCGGUUCCUUUCUUUCCUACAUGAAUACUUCACUAAUUUGAUUAAGGUGCUAAAAUUGCGGUGGUGCGGGACUUUUUCCAGCCGUAUUUAAAACAAAGAGCGAGCGCUUGUCUGAAGUGCCCUGUUUUUGUGUCUGGAAUGAAGAGGCCGCAGUGAAACAAAUUGCACUAAACGUAAUUAUCGUGGCGGCGCGGCCAUACGCUAAUCCAGCCCCUUUUUUUAGCUCACAGCUACACUGUUCGUGGUGCGUUACUGUGUUUCCCAUGUUGGCGGCUUUGCUCCCUUUGUUUGUUAUUAUAUGCUCUCUUUGUGUCUCAUUAUAUGUUAUUUCAUACGCUUAAAAUUGGAAAAGGAAAAGCUAACGCGGCACCGUUUGUGGACGGCCCGUCUUCAUCUGUGCUUGUGUCCGAGCGCCCCUGUAAAGGCGUGUUAAUGUCACAAAAUAAAAUAAGUGCAUGCGUGUCCUGUCA